AGGACGGCCUAGCAAGCAUCUUGGCUGGCGGGUUGUUGGAAAGCAAUCCCUCGGAUGAAGCCCGCGAGGAAAUCCUUCUCCGCACGAGGGUGUUCUAUUUUAACAGGUUGGCUCCAGCGGGUUCCUCGGCGCGGCAUGACUGAGAACGCAACCAAGGACGCGCGGUCAUGACCUGAGCGUGGAUGCUGCUCGGGAAGCGGAGAAGUCCAGGAUCGAGAACGUGCAGCCGGUCACACUCUCAUUUGCUCAACUUCAAGCUCUGAUUGAAGCGGGGAAAGAAGACGAGAUACCGAACAAUAAAGUCAUUUCCGAUGCAUUGAAUGAGAGCGAGGCCAGCGUCUCCACCGCCACUGUGCGCAAAAAACCUUGGGAGGCCGCUGCAGAGGGCAAUUCUUAACAAUAUAUCUACUUCGCUUCCUCGUCAAACUUUCCAAGUUCUUUUCCUUUUUGCCACCAAAGCCCGCGACAAAAUGAGGAGACAGACUCCACUCAGUUGAACGACCUUUAACGAGCUUAGUCCGAGGGCCGAUCGUAUGCAUCAACCAACCC